CAAACUUAAAACGAAAGUCGUCAAACCAGCACAUCCAGUGUGUGGCUCCACUUCCUCACCAGAGCUGGAAUGGAUGUUUGUUCGGAUUGACAUCAGUCCGACUCACACAGCUUGAAAAGAUCUCCAGAAGAGCUUGACGAAAUGGAAAAGAAGGGGCCCCCUACUGAUAUCCCAGCACCACCCUACCCUGGUCCACCUUUUGAGCAGACCGCACCACCCUACCCUGGCCCACCUUUGGACCAGAGCACAUCAUCCUGUCAACCACCGCCGGCCUCUUAUCCAGGUCCACAUCAGAUGUACCCACCAACCCAACCAGGCCAUUACCAGCAACCUCCUCCCCAAGGUCAUCCUGGACCUUACCAGCAUCCUCCUCCCCAAGGUCAACUUGCACCUUACCAGCAACCUCCUCCCCAAGUUCAUCCUCCACCACAGCAACAACUACAACAGGUUAAUGUGACACACAACGUGACCCCGAUGGUGGUGGUGCAAGCAAUGCCCACGGAUGCCCCUGGACAGAUGCACUGCCCCCACUGCAAGAACACUGUAUUAACAAAGACUGAGCACAAGGUGGGCAUGCUCACCUGGAUCAUCUGUGGUGUGCUGGGAGUCUUCAUAUGCUGGCCCUGCUGCUUCAUCCCCUUCUGCGUCAAUUCCUGCAAAGACGUGCAGCACACCUGUCCCACCUGCAACAACGUGCUGCAUCUCUACAAACGCAUGUGAAAACCAGAGUGGCUUGGAGUCUACAUCCAGUUUGUUCUUCUUCUCUGUUUUGUACAUGAGCCUCUUCUUCUCUUUUCUGAUCACCGAUGUGCAUUCAAGCUGUGAACAGGAAAUGUGAAAAUGUUUGAAAAGAAUCAAAACAUCCUUUCUAUUUAUGUAAUGAUCUUGUAGAGCAAACAUCAGCUGCUAUUGAAUCUUGAGUCAUAUGUAUUUGAAUUCCUCUCACAUAAACCAGAAAUCUAUAAUUCUGUUAAAACCAACCAGUUUUUAGAUGUACGGCUGUACAUGUCCGAUCAGGUCUGGUUAGAAUUUGGACAGGAAACCGUUUGGAACGUCCAGGUCAUGUAUGUUAAUGUAGAGGCACUCACCAAUGUUUCCAUAUGCCGGUUCUAAGUUUGGGUAAAUGCAGAUAAUUGGUCAUCUGAUGUAAAAGGGUGAACUACAUGAAAUGAUUGUCUGUGGUGACCCCGCAGUGACCCCUAAGUGAUCAGUUUCUUCUUCAUGCUAAUGUUUACAGCUUGUAACAAAUCUUUAUUUAUUACCAUAAAAAUGUUCAGCUUUUCAGCAAAAAUUGACCCAUUUGUUUAAAUAGUGAUAAAAUAUGUGCACAUAAAAAUUAUGAGGUGACUUGCAAAUAUUUGAUUUAGCAGUGAUUAGGAAAUUAUCUUAAAGAUUUUGUCUGCCUACUAAAUUUCUGUAAAAAUUUUAAUUAUUGUUAAUUGAUUUUAAAAUGACUAUUUUUACUUAUGCCAGUGCUUGUAAUAUCAAGAUUCAUUAAUGAACAAAAAGAAAUAUGUUUUUUUUUUCUUGCUACAUACCUGAAUGUUGAGAUAUUUUAUGUUAACUAUGUCAAAAAAGAUUAAACCACCCUUGUUUUGAUCAAAACGUGUCAAAACCACUUUUCUCAUCAGUUUUAAGAUUCUUUGACUCUCACAUUGGUGCUGGAUCUAAAUUUAGCAUCUGAACUG